AUGUAUCUUCAUCAGUUCUUUGUAUUCAGUUUAGUCUGCAGUAUUGUUCUAGUUCAAGUUCAGACUCAACAGAAUGCUACGAGCAACGCAACCAAUAUCCAUGGGAAUAAUACUAGAAGACACGUCAUGGUACGAAAAUUGCACGCUGAUGAGAAGCAGGGUGAAGGAAUGAUGAGUAUAGUGAUACACAAGAUUCAAUCCGGGCACUCCUACUACAAGGUGUUUGAUGGCGAUGAGGAGGCAGCACGUGGAUUCACCAAUAAGAUAUGGAACCGUUUGUUUAAUCGCUAUAGCACAAUGCGCAUAUAAAUUAUUAGUCUUAAUUCUAGUUACGUAUG